CUAUAUGACCAAUUUGUCGAACCAGAACAGUUUGAUCCGAGGGAUGAGUUGAAACGAAGCAAAUCUGCCGUUGAGAGUUAUCUACGACGACGGGCCGACUUCGCCUAUAAAGCCAAGGUGUCGUUGGAGGUGCGUGAGGUCGUGAACGGCCGUGCGGGUCACAGCGAUGAGGAGGUGAACAGGAAAGCUAAGAAUUACAUUCAGGAUCCAAAACGAAAGACUUCGAUUCCGUUUUAUGUCUGCCCACGCAAGUUGGCUAAUGAUCGCGACCGACCAUCUACUGUGCACGACCACUCUCUUCGAAGAACCAAAGUGAAUGAAACACGGAAUUUCACGCUAGCCGCUAACGCCAAUUUCUACAGUCUGUCAACAUCCUCAAUAGCGUCUGCCGUUCAUAUUCCCACUCCGCUCUAUGACAGAAAUCCCGAACUUCUGCGAAAGAUCGAAUGGUCACAAAUUGAUGAAGUUUAUCGGACCCAUCGUGAAGAGACGCGAGAUCUGGCCUUUCAGCUGUUCUGCUCCGAAAGUGGUUACAUGCGCUUCUUUCCAGCUGCUUCUUGGUUCUGGGAUAACCACAUUGAACAUCUUGACCUGUUUGAUUGUCGCAACACUCAAUGGUACAUCAACGCGGCCACAAAUUCGAAGAAUGUGAUCAUCAUGUUGGAUAUGUCUGGUUCAAUGCUGGGACAACGCUACGAAAUUGCCAAGCAAACCACAGAAGCCAUCCUUGAAACACUCAGUCAUAAUGACUACUUCAACAUAAUGCCGUUCUCAAAGACGUCGUACUUCCUUGAUGACUGCAAUGGAAAGAACGGUCUUCUACAGGCGACGAUGCGGAAUAAGAAGCUCCUUCGCAACAAAAUGAACAACGUCUCCAGUGAAGGGAAAGCUGAGUACGAAAAGGCGCUACCACACGCUUUCACCACUCUGCUGAAUCUGCCUGGCCACUACGAGCUGCACACUCGUGAAGAGAUGGCGCUGAUGGAGCCGAACGCUACCGAGGAACGGAUCCACGUCGUAUUCCCCGAACACGUGCUUUCCGCCGAUCCAGAAUAUAUCGAGGCAAUCAGCUCACAUCAUGGUCGACCGGAUCAGGGGUGCGAGAACGUCAUCAUGCUCAUCACCGACGGAGCCCCCAAUGUCUAUAAAGAGAUCUUCGAUCUUUAUAACAAAGACAAAAAGGUGCGGUUCUUCUCAUUUUUGAUCGGCGAGGAAGCCAUCGACUUUGAGCAAGUCAAGACCAUGGCCUGCACCAAUCGGGGCUACAUGGUACACGUACAGAACAUGGCUGAUGUCGAGGAUAAAGUGCAGCACUACAUCCGUACAAUGUCGCGGCCAAUCGGUCAGAAUGCUGCCGACAUUCAGGUGGACGAUGCCCUUUGGAGUGGCGUAUAUCGCGAAAGAUUGUACGCGAUUAUGAACAAGAUGGCAGCUCGUCGAAAAAUCCGUCUUCAAAAAACUGAAGCCCGAGGACGGAUGUUCGUCACCACUGUCUCGUUCCCGGUGAUUGUCAACGGAACAUUCAUGGGAGUGGCCGCCGUUAACACUCCGCUCACUGAGCUCAAUCAGCAAGCUCAUCCCAGCAAUGAUCCACUCACGAGGUCACACAAACAGAACUACAACAACAUGGAUCUACUCGAACUCGAAGUGCCGCAAACACAACAGGUUACUUUCCUUGACGAUGACGACUUGUUUGUUGAAUAUGAGACGAGAAAAUGCUCAGAUUCGGCUGUCUCAAGACAAGGAGGAUGUGUCGGACCUCUACUGCGACCAGGGCACGACGUUUGCCGAAUGCGUCGAGCAGAUCCGAAACUUUGUAUGACGAAUGACCGUCCAUAA